GUGAACCCAUGCGAUGUUGCCAAUUCUCUUAGUUUUCCUGUUCAGUGCACUAUCACAAUGCUCCCGACUCGCCGAGGAAGAAGAACAGAUGCUAAUCCGGCACUUCACAAAAGAAGGAGAAGUCUCGACCAUGGACCAACUGCGGGAUACCAUCGGUCCGUUUCGCGACCCUCUUAACUUCUCACACAUGAACUACUCGACAUUGACGGAUCACAUUCAUAAUCUUCAUAGAAAGUUCCCGAAUCUGACACACAUUUAUUCUGCUGGACAGUCAGUUCAAGGAAGAGAACUUUGGGUACUGGUGGUGUCUAGGUAUCCAAUAGAGCACAGAAAGUUGAUUCCAGAGUUUAAAUAUGUGGCUAAUAUGCAUGGAAAUGAGGUUACGGGUAGAGUUUUCCUUGUUUCCCUGGCACACACCCUUCUAGAAAACUACAAUUCCAAUCUUUGGAUCCGACAACUUGUUGAUAGUACCAGAAUCCACUUGAUGCCGUCCAUGAACCCAGAUGGCUAUGAGCACGCAUCGGAAGGAGAUCAAGCUGGCGUGACAGGACGUCAAAAUGCAAAUGGAAAAGAUUUGAACCGAAAUUUCCCAAGUCGAUUUCCCAAUUAUUUCCCGACAAGUGAAAUUCAACCAGAGACAAUUGCAAUUAUGAACUGGACCCGACAAAUUCCAUUCGCACUCUCUGCUAAUCUUCAUGGCGGCACGACAUUAGUGAACUACCCAUUUGACGACUUUCCAACACGCACAAGGCAGUCACAUUACGCUCCUUCGCCCGAUAAUGCACUUUUUGUGCGGUUAGCAUACACAUAUGCAAGAGGUCAUGAGAGGAUGUGGAAGAAGGGACCAAGGUGUUUGGAUGAUGAUUUGAAUAUCUCUGUUGAUCCACAAAAUGGAAUUAUCAAUGGAGCAGAUUGGUACAUAGUGUCUGGUGGAAUGCAAGACUGGAACUAUCUAAACACAAAUUGCUUCGAAGUCACAGUUGAAAUGAACUGUGAGAAGUUCCCACAAACUAAGAAACUUCGAUACUUAUGGGAAGAAAACAAGUAUGCUCUACUGAAGUUCAUCGAUCUCAUCCAUGGAGCUAUCCAUGGUCUAGUAAUUGAUGCAGACACUGGAGAAGGAAUCGUAAAUGCUACAGUGAGCAUAGAUGAGAGAGCAAAAAUUGUUGUGAGCUAUGGAGAAGGCGAGUUUUGGAGACUUGCAAACAUGGGAAAAUACGAUCUCACCUUCGACCACAGUGACUACUAUCCUGUCACUCAAACUGUGCACGUCACUCCACAAGACCGUUCCCCGUACAUUGAAGUCCGUCUGCAAAGGAUAAUACCACGUUCGCGACCAGUCCUUAUCCCGACAAAAUCAGUUCCAAACAAAGACGAGUACAAUGUUGAUAAUUCAAAUAACAAAGAUCUCCGUAUUGUGACAAUGUCCUCCUCCGUGUGCCACUUUUCCGUCUUUAUGAUUAUUCUCUCUCUUGCCUCUUUGUUUUUAUAAUUUUUCUCUAAUUCUCACCGUUUGUAUUUCAUUCCUUCUUUAUCUUACAGUUGUGAGUCCCCCCACAAAUUGAAUAUUUAUCAAGUUGUAUUGAUUAAUUCUAAUAAAAAUUUUGAUUUAAA